UAAUGGCAGGAGUAUGGAGGGCCUUUAUAAGGCAACUCCUACCGUAAUGGCAGGGGUAUGGGGGCCAUGCUGUAAUCAUAGGACUAGGAGCUCAGCCCCCUACCAUAAUCACUAGAUGAGCUGGGACCUACCACAGCUGCUCUCUAUAGCCCAGCCAAGCACAGAGCCCUGCCCACCAUGGCCCUCUCUGCUCCGGGGGUCCCUAUCUUCUGCGUGGGAGGGGCAAAGGGCACAGACCAGGCUGUGUCACCGCAGGAGAGAGGCAGGGCCCCACACUGCUCUUGCCUCCCCAUGGCGCUGGCCCCUCGAGCUCACCUCACUCAUGCCCUAGGCAGGACAGACCCCCCCCCUCCCCGGGACCUGGAGGGGAAGGGGGGCUCCAGCAGCUGCUGGUAGCGGGAAGUUAUGGUAGCCCCAGGCCGCCCCGCCCCGUCCCGUCCCGUCCCGUCCCGUCCGGCCACCGCGGAGCCCGGAGCCGUGGGGCAGCCGGGCCGGAGAGACCCCCCCCCCCCCCCCCGGCUUCAGCAUGAAGGCCCCGGAGCGGGCGACGGGGCGCACGGACCGGACCCUGGGGGCCAUGGCCGACAUCCUCACCUCGCUGGCACUGCCCGGGCAGCACUGGCUGCCCGCCCUGUGCUCCGAGGCGCCCGCGGGGGAGAUGCCCCCGGAGCGCCCCGCCGAGCCCCCGGGCGGAGACCCCCCCGGCGGGGCGGGGGCUCCGGAGGACGAGCCCUAUGCAGCGACGGGCAGCGAUGGGAGCCUGUCAGUGUCGGGGGCCUCGGGCCAGCCCCCCUCGUUGCUGGGCUCGGCCCCCCCCUCGCCAGGUGCCCCCCGCCCCGUCCGCUCCCUGCGCAAGUGGCUGACGACACCAGUACGGAAGCUCAGUGCCGGCAGUCUGGGCAAGGCCGAGCGCCCGCGCCACAGCCCCCCUGGCCCCCCUGGGCUCCCUGGCAUCGACCUGGGGCUGCUGGCAGCACCCGACAGCCUGGCCACGGACCCUGGCCCCACGGGGGGCCCGCAGCUCCCGGAUCUGGCCCUGCUGUCCAGCCUGCUGGAGGGGGAGGAUGCCGGUACCCAGGACCCCAACCCCUGCCCUGCACCUGGUGACCCCCUUGAGAUGCCCCCCCCCAGCGAGGGCCUGGGCAGUGAGGAGGAGCAGGCGGCCGCCUUUGAGAAGAGCAUGUUCGUGCUCUCAGAGCUGAUCGAGACAGAGAAGAUGUACGUGGAGGAUCUGGGCCAGAUUGUGGAGGGGUACAUGGCGGCCAUGCAGGUGCGGGGGGUGCCCGAGGACCUGCGAGGCAAGGACCAGAUUGUCUUUGGCAAUAUCCACCAGAUCUACGACUGGCACAAGGACUAUUUCAUGGGGGAGCUGGAGAAGUGUCUGCAGGAUCCCGACCGCCUGGCUCAGCUCUUCAUCCAGCACGAGCGCCGCCUGCACAUGUACGUGGUUUACUGCCAGAACAAGCCCAAGUCUGAACACAUCGUCUCCGAGUUCAUCGACACCUACUUCGAGGAGCUGAAGCAGGAGCUCGGGCACCGGCUGCAGCUCAACGACCUGCUCAUCAAGCCGGUGCAGCGGAUCAUGAAGUACCAGCUGCUGCUCAAGGAUUUCCUCAAGUACUAUGGCAAGGCUGGGAUGGACACGGUGCAGCUGGAGAGGGCGGUGGAGGUGAUGUGCUUCGUGCCCAAGCGCUGCAAUGACAUGAUGAACGUCGGGCGCCUGCAGGGGUUCGAGGGAAAGCUGACGGCGCAGGGGAAGCUGCUGCAGCAGGACACGUUCUGGGUGACUGAGGGCGACGGGGGGCUCCUGCCCCGUGGGCGCCGGCGCCGCGUCUUCCUCUUCGAGCAGGUCGUGAUCCUGAGCGAGGCUGUGGACCGGCGCCGCGGCUUCACCCCCCCGGCCUACGUGCACAAGAGCAGCAUCAAGAUGAGCUGUCUGGGUCUGGAGGCACCGGUGGACGGCGACGGGACGCGGCUGGCGCUGAGCUCGCGGGCGGCCGACGGGUCCUGCACCCGCUAUGUGCUGCAGGCGGCCACCCCCGAGGUUGCCAGUGCCUGGGCCCGCGACAUCGCCCGGCUGCUGGACACACAGCGAGACUUCCUCAAUGCGCUGCAGUCACCCAUUGAGUACCAGCGCCGGGAGAGCCAGUCUCACAGCCUGGGCCGGGCAGGCACCCCCCGGGCCCCUCCCCGGCCCCGCUCCUCGGCCUCCAUGGACCGGGCCCUGACCCUCGGCCUGGGCGAGCCCCGCGCCUCCCUGCCCGCCUUACACUUGCCCGGGGGCCAGCCCCGCCUCGGCCCGGCCCCCACACAGCCUCCCCGCAGCCACAGCUCCCCUGGCCCCACGGGGACCCCCACAGCCCACGACCGUCUUGAUGUGCAACCCCCCGACAGCCCCCAGCCACAGCCCCCCCACAGCAAGGCUGUCCCCCCUCCGCCUGCCGCCCCCCCCACGCUGGGCCCCGAUGCCCCAGGCACCCCCCGCCUUGCCCGCCUGGCCAAGCUUGAUGAGGAUGAGCUGUGACCCCCGACACGAGCCUGCUGGGGGGUCCAGAGGACAGCGCCCCCUCCAUGGGAGCCACCCGCCCCCACAGGGGUGGAGCACAGACCACGGCUGGAUCCUGUUUCAGAGACUGGAGGCAGUGCACCCCCUCCCCAUGGCCUGGGGGGGGCAAGGGAAGGACCUGGACACCCCCCAGCUGGGGUCUGUCUGCCUCACCCUGCCCACCCGGGUCCAGCAGCUGGGCUGGGGGGGGACCUCUGACCUCACCGAGGACCUGCCCCCCCAUGCAAGACUGCUCCUUACUGGAGCAGAGGGCGUGCACAGGCCCUGCAUGCCCCCCCAGGACCUGUACAUGCAUGCAGUGGGGGGGGAGGGGGGCUGCAGAGGCCGAGUCGCGACAGCAUCGUUACUUUGGGUUUAAUAAUAAAGGUUUUCGUUUCUCAGA